CCGCCGCCUGCGACCGAGGCGGGGGGGGGCACCCCGGCGCGGCUGCCGCACGACGUGGUCUUCGACAUCCUGUCGUGGGUGCCGGUCAAGUCGGCGUGCCGGUUCAAAUCCGUGUGCCGGGAGUGGCGCGCCCUCAUCAACGACCCUGCCUUCGUCGCCGCGCACAAGGCCCGCGCGGAGCCGCUCCUCGCCAUCGCCGCCAACUCGUGCGACGAGCCGUCGACCCUGCGGCUCAUCGACAUGGACGGCCACAUCAUCAAGGUGAUGAAAAACGCUCAUCCGAUUCUAAGGCUUGUGUGCAGCAGCCCUGGCAACCUGAUGUGCGUCGUCGGCUAUUCGAUGGGGAUAGCCACAUUGCUCAACCUCGCAACCGGAGAGGAGACUGUGAUUCACCUCAAAUUUGGCUUCAUGGGCUUCGGCCGCGCCGCCCCGUCGGGCGCCUACAAGAUGGUGAGCAUAAAUCCCAGCAGCUGUGAGAUCCUCACGGUGGGAGACGGCGUGGGGUGGAGGCAAGCGCAGCCCCUGCCUAGCAGCAGCAUCUCGUAUAACAGCCGCCCGGUCGUGGUCAGGGGUGUCCUCUACUUGAUUUUAGUUCCACAGCUCAACGGUGACAGCGUGAUCUGCUUCGAUCUUGAGAGCGAGGAGUGGAAGGGGGGGAUCAGAGGCCCGCCGAGUAGCCAACGUCAGCGGUGUGACGCUAGCUUGCAGGAACUCAACGGGGCCCUGUGUAUGCUCCUGCCGGAGGUCGGAACCAUGGGCAUAUGGCUCCUAAUCGAUUCCUGCAAGGGGGUCUGGAUCAAGGUUUACUCGAUCCCCAUGGACCCGUCUGCGUAUAGCCCCAUCACGCCUUUGAGGAUACUAGUAGGUGAUGACGGUAAACUGCUCUUCUACAUCACUCUUAAAUUCGACGAAUUCGCGGUGCUGCAAAUCUAUGACCCUCGUCAUCGGACAUUCACGGACGCGCCCAAGAUGCUCGCGGGUGACAACGGCGGCAGUAUCAGCCUUUGCAGCUUGCAUCUGGAUAGUUUUCUGCCGGCCAACGUCUAGUCAGUUGCUAUAUAGAUUGUACUGCAUGUGCUCGUUCUGGAUUGUUUUAUUGAAAAGGUUGAUCAUACUACUACUUUAGAGUUGACGGAAACUGGCUAUGUGUCUCCUUGGAAAACUUAAGACGAUGUGGACUCUCAGUUACUCCCUCUGUAAGCUAA